AUGGCCAGAACAACGCGACGAUCUGCCAAAGACAAGCAGUCGUCGUCAUCAUCAUCAACAACAACAAAACCUACCGCAAAACCACUCACUCCAUUCGUCAAAGCUCCGUCAAGCUUAGACCCUUUCCUCCAGGAACUAUCCCCCAAGGACAUCUACCUCGUGCACAUUGACAAGGAGGAACCCGAGUUCAAAAGACAGCUCUUCGUCGUCCCGAUCCUGCUCAACACCGCCAUCGUCCUCUUCAUCGCAUACCGCAUCUACAAUGGCAUCUACGUCUACCCAGACAUCCUCGCCACCGCGCUGGGCCUCUCCCCCGGUCCCGCAGUCGACCUAUCGUCCAAGACAUGGCUCCAAACAGCCUUUGUAAUCGCGCGCCGAACAAUCACUUUCUCCAUCGACUAUUUCCUCGUCACUCUGUUUCUAUUCUGGCCCAUCCGAUUCGUGCAAGGCCCGCUAUACUGGCGCCGGAAAAUCGGCUUUCGCGAGCGAGAAAUCGUGGUCCGCAAGAGCCGGACUGCCUGGACAUCGACCCUGCCACGCAACCGCUGGAUCUACGAUGACGAAAAGACCGUACGCGAAAGAGUCGUACCGGCCGUGACACCGCAGCGGCUGGCAAAGAGCGGAUAUCUGUUGAUCGACGCCGACUGGGAUUUGGAGUACGAUGCCAUGGUGCGCGCACACACGCUGGUGGAUUUGACGAGUAAAGGGCAGGGCAUACAACUCGACGAGUUCCGUACCGCGGUGCUAGUCAACACGGAUGACGAAGGAUGGUUGAUUUGGCGUGUGGCCGACGAGGCCGUCAAGGGCCGCGAGGAGCAGCGCGACAAGCUCUUUGCCUUUCGCGAGAAGCUGGUGGCUAUGGACAAAGAGGAUCUAUUUUUCCGUUGGGUGGAACUGGUUCAGUACGAGAGUACGCGGCCCGGUGGGUUUACUCCGGAGCGUCAGCGCGAUACGAUGAGGCAGGCUAAAGAAAUCUUUGAGGCUGAGGGGGUGGAUUUUUCUCGUUUCUGGGACGAUGUUGGCGGCAUGGAGGGCGAUUUAGGCUUGGAUUAG